AUGGCAGCAAAUAUGAUUUCUACCACCGUGAAGCCUACCCCCAAAACAACAAGUAUUUCACAAAGCCUAUCUGAGAUACCAACAUCCGCAGUGACCGUCACCUGCAAAAGUUCCGUGGCAUCUGUUUCUUCAUUAGUAACAAUCAUAGAAACUAUAAAUCCUAAAGGAAAUAAAGGAUCAACAUUUGAUAUUGGCAGCUUUGUUGGUGGAAUUGUAUUAACAGUGGGAGUUUUAUCUGUUCUUUACAUUGGAUGUAAAACAUACUAUUCCAGAGGAGGCAUUUGGUAUAGAACCAUUGAUGAACAUGAUGCCAUCAUUUAA